CCUGGUCCAAAGCAAACGGAGAAACAUGCAAAGCAGUCUGAUACUAAACAGGCGAGAAAUGUCACUACCUGCCACGUCUAGACAUCCCACCACGGAUAUAGCGUGGAUCGCGUGCGGCCCCGUCGCCCUGAUUUUUUUCUUGAUCUUCUUGGCAGCUUCUCAUUUUCUGCCCCCCAUAAGUCCCAAAUCUUCCCCGAUAUCGAUAGCCGACCAUUAUCGCUCAAACGAAACUGGAAUGGAGGCUGGGGUUUACAUCCUGGUGGUGGCAUCUAUUCUGUGGCCAAUGUAUUCCUUCGGUCUAAACAACUUCUUAAGCAAUAUCCCGGACAUCAAUCCCAACAUUCUCUCUCUACAGAGCUCAUGCGGCGCUGCAGCUGGAAUGUCACUGGCAGUAAUCGCACCGUGCUUUGGGGCAACGCUGUACCGGCUCGAACGGGAUCCGGCUCUGACCCAACUAUUAAACGAUCUGUCUUGGCUUCUAUUCACAUUGGUUACAAGCCAGUUCGCCACGCAGGAGUUCGCUAUCUCUGGUGGUAUUCUGUCAGACACGCGUGCUAAGCCAUUGGUUCCUCAUUGGGUUGCCUGGAUCAACUCCUCGCUUACUCUCACUUACAUUCCCGCAUAUUCCGCUCAUUGUGUGCGCAAGGGACCUAUGGCCUGGGACGGUGCCGUUACGUUCUGGCUUCCAAUUGCUGCUAUUGCGGUACAAACGGGUCUCCUAUGUUUUUACUUCUGGAUGUAUCUAAGACAACAUACUGCCCGUGGAUAAUAACUUACCGUUAU